AUGAAGGUGGAUGAGAUGAGUCAGCGUGAAGAAGAUGAAGCAGAAGAAGCAGAAGGUGAAGAAGAAGAAGAUCGAGCAGAUAGCACAAUUAUUUAUGGAGAAACAAGAGAGCUCAGAUCACUUCUGCUCGACUUUUUUGAACCAACGACGGCAGACGAUUCCGUUGUUCUCCAUUUUCAUCACCAAUUGAUUCUGGUCGUCGAUUGUGUAGAAGUACGUUUCUGCGCUUGUCUCAGGCUCGUUGAGACGAAUGUGAUGCUCCGAAAGAACUUCAUCUUUGAAGUCGAACGUGAUCUGAAAAAAGGUAUUUAG